AUGACAAACGACGCGCAGUACGCACCAAUCGCAGACGCAAUCAAGCAUGGACUCAAGAACGUUGAUAAGUACUACAAGAAAACGAGUGACUCUGACGUAUAUUUCAUUUGUCUCGUCCUCGACCCCAACUACAAGCUUGCCUAUGUCGAAGAUCGAUGGGACACUCGAGACGUUGCGGAUGGUAGGGCUCAUCUUGAGGCUGUGUUUGACGAGUAUUAUAAACCGCCAGCUCGGGCACCUGCCAAAGAACCCACUCUGCCAACAAGACCCUUGCAUGAAAAUCGGUACGGUGAUGCAUGGAUGCGCGAGGCCAUCAAAACACGUCAAGCCGCGGACCAACGUGCUCAUAAUCCUCGUCAAGAACUCACAAUGUAUCUGUCUUCGCUGCUAGAGGAAGUUGACAACAUUGUUGCCUGGUGGGGA